AGCUCCUGUAGUACCCCGCAGGGCUCCACACGUCCAGGGUGGGCCGGUCCAAACCCUGAGUCCCGCCUGGCGGGGAGAUGCCAGGGGCCCGUGUGUGUGUGUGUGUGUGUGUGUGUGUGUGUGUGUGUGUGGAGAUGCCAUUAGAAUUCUUACAGAUACUGAAAGUGAAAUGAGGAAAUGAUUGGGCAAUCGGAUGGAAGGGCCGGUGCCAGGAAGACCUAUCACCCACUGGGGGCCGGGAUGCAGCUGGGCAGACGCGGGGAGACCCCGGGGAGCUCUCCCGGGGGCCACGGCACAGCCAGGCCAUGUAGUCGGUGUGGGACCUCAGCAAGCACCGCUCACAGGAAAUGAUCCCUUCCCUGCGGCCACUUUCUCGAAAGGCCCGGACCUUCCAAGUCCCCCGAGUGCCAUGGAGGGCUGCGCGGAAGGCGAGCGGUCACGCCUUCGUCCUCGCCCGGAGAGGGGAGAAGAAAUGAAAGUGAAGGAGCCUCCCGGCUCGCGCCCCAAAGACGCAGCGCUGCUGGCCGUGACCCUGCUGCUGGCGCUCACGUCCUGCUGCCUGUCGGUGGUGUCCCUGUGCAGGGUGGCCGUCCUGCAAGCCGAGCUGGGGAGCCUGCGGACGGAGCUGCGGGGGCCCCGGGAGCCCCGCGAGCUUCGGGCUGAGCCGGGCCCUCCCAGGGCGGGGGCCGCAACCCCCGGGGCGUCCGGCGCGCGCCUGGCCCCCGCGGUCCCCAGCGCGCUGAAAGGGAUCUUUGCACCAGCCCCGGCGGGAGAGAGCAACUCCAGCCAGAGCGGCAGAAGGAAGCGCGCCGCUCUGGGUCCCGAAGACACAGUCAUUCAAGACUGCUUGCAACUGAUCGCAGACAGCGACACACCUACUAUACGAAAAGGAGCCUACACGUUCGUUCCGUGGCUGCUCAGCUUUAAAAGAGGAAGGGCCCUGGAAGAAAAGGAAAAUAAAAUCCUGGUGAAAGAAACCGGUUACUUCUUUAUAUACGGGCAGGUUUUAUACACGGAUAACACCUUUGCUAUGGGACACCUAAUACAGAGGAAAAAAGUCCACGUCUUUGGGGACGAACUGAGUCUGGUGAAUUUGUUCCGAUGUAUUCAAAAUAUGCCUGAAACACUACCCAAUAAUUCCUGUUAUUCCGCUGGCAUCGCAAAGCUGGAAGAAGGAGAUGAACUCCAACUGGCAAUACCGCGGGAAGACGCUAAAAUAUCGCAAGAUGGAGAUGGCACGUUUUUUGGAGCAUUGAAACUUCUGUGACCUACUUCUACCUUGUUCGCGGCGAAUUCCUUCCUUUCUCUGUGCCUCUAAGGAGAGAACACUUCACUGGAAAUGCCAGAGGAAGAAAACCAGGAGUUACCGAACUCUUUUCUGUGAGCUAUUUGUUUUGAUUUGCUGAACCUAGAGCAAAACAGGAAAUUGAACAGACAGCCGCAGCCCAGGGGUGUCAUGUGAAUUACAAGAAAUAGAACCCGUUUGAGGAAAGAUAGAAGUAGCCCUCUCCCUAUAAAAGCCACGUUGAGCAACUUAGGCAUCGCGGCUUGGCUGGUAGCAAACACAGGUUUCCAAGGGGUGAUAAUCCUAUUUCUUCCUAAAUGGCAUUCCGUUGUGUGCCAGGGAACACAUGCCCAUGUCCACACCUUAAUUGAGACAUUUUGGGAAAUCUCAGGAUUCAUCCCUUCUAUGUUAAAUAUGCCCCCCCCCACCUCUUCCAGUUAACGUUGUAGGAAGUAAAAAAAAAAAAA